AUGGCGAUGCCGCGCAGCGCGCCGGCGGAGCCAGAUGAAAGUGCGUCGCGCACGAAGCUCCUCGUCGGCGGCAUCGCGGCCUUCCUGCUCCUCGCCAUCAUCAUCGGCACGGCGGCGUUCAUCGUGUCGGAGAGGGCCGAGGACGAGGGGGAGACGAACAAGAAAGCGAUGGCCGCCACGAUGCGCACCGUGGACCUCUUCUGCUCGCCCACGGACUACCAGGCCACGUGCAAGGAGACGCUGACCAAGCCGCUGGAACGUUCUGACAACCAGGUCGACCACCCGCACGCCGCCGCCGCCGCCGCGAUCACCGCCGUCGGCCGGGAGCUCUCGCGCGGCUUCAACGAGUCGUCGCUGCUGGAGGCCGUGCGCCAGAGCAACGACACGCUGGUCCACGAGGCCCUGCUCGACUGCAAGAUGCUCCUGGACGACUGCGCCGCCGACGUGACCCGCGCGCUCUCCACCGUCGCGUGGCGCGGCGUCGACGGGCCGGCGCAGGACCUCCAGGCGUGGCUGAGCGCGGUGAUCACGUUCCAGGGCUCCUGCGUCGACAUGUUCCCCAAGGGCGAUGUCCGCGUCCAGAUCAAGGAGAUCAUGGAGAAGGCGCGGGAGAUCUCCAGCAACGCCAUCGCCAUCAUCCAGCAGGGCGCUGCCCUCGCUGCCAUGAUCGAAAUCGACGCCGGCGCGAAAGUCACCCUCCCCAAUGACGCGGACGACGACGACGAUGACGACGACGACAACAACGGCAAAGACGAUACCCCCGCCGAGCAAAGCGACGGCGAGCGCCAGCUCCAGGAGUCCGUGUCCGACGUCCCCACGUGGGUGCCCAGCGAGGACCGGAGGAUUCUGGAAGAGGCGGAGGAAGAACGCAAUGGCGUGCUCACGCCGAACGUGACGGUGGCCAAGGAUGGUUCCGGUCAAUUCACAAACAUCUCGGCCGCCUUGGACGCGUUGCCCAAGAAUUACAGCGGGAGGUAUGUGAUCUACAUCAAGGAAGGUGUCUACGACGAGUCGGUGAACGUCACCAACGGGAUGUCAAACAUCACCAUGUACGGCGACGGCCCGAAGAAGUCCAUCAUCACCGGCAGCAAGAGCGUCGGCGACGGCGUAAGGAUGUGGAGAACCGCCACCUUGGCGGUGGACGGAGACAGGUUCAUGGCGGUGAAGAUGGGGAUCCGGAACACGGCGGGGGACGAGAAGCAGCAGGCGAUUGCGGUGCGCGUGAAGGGCGACCGGGCCAUCUUCUUCAACUGCCGGAUCGACGGGCACCAGGACACGCUCUUCGCGCAGGCCUACCGCCAGUACUAUCGCAGCUGCAUCGUCUCCGGCACCGUGGACUUCAUCUUCGGCGACGCGGCCGCCGUGUUCCAGCGCUGCGUGCUGCUCGUCAAGGACCCGCUCCCGGGGAAGCCGGGCGUGGUGACCGCGCACGGGCGCCGCGACCGGCAGCAGACCACCGGCUUCGUCCUGCACCGGACCCGCAUCGUGGCCGAUGAAGCCCUCGCCAGCAAGUCGUCGACGGUGAAGACCUUCCUGGGGCGGCCGUGGAAGGAGUACUCGAGGGUGAUUGUGAUCGAGUCGGUGAUCGACGGGUUCGUGCACGCGCAGGGGUACAUGCCGUGGGAGGGCAAGAACAACCUGGGCACAGCGUUCUACGGCGAGUACGGCAAUGUCGGGGACGGCGCCAACAUCACCGCGCGCCAGGAGAUGAAGGGGUUCCAUGUGCUCAACAAGGAUAAGUCGAAGGUGUUCACGGUGGAGCGCUUCCUGAACGGCGGCGAGUGGAUACCGGAGACGGGCACGCCGGUGAGGCUAGGGCUGUUUGGCUGA